AUGGCGGCGGCGGCGGUAGCUGAAGCGGCCUCUGAGCCAUCGCAGCACCAGUUUCCCCUGCCCGCCGUGCUCGAGUACCCCGCCUCAACCCCACCAUAUCUCAUCACGCAGGGUGCAGAGGGCCGCCUGUACAAGAGCACAUACCUCCAGCCAGACAUUCCGUGCGCCCUCAAGUACCGCCCCCCCAAGCCGUGGCGCCAUCCCGUCCUGGACCAGCGGCUGACCAAGCACCGGAUCUUGUCUGAGGCCAAGGUCCUCGCCAAGUGUCGCAGGGAUGGACUGCGAGUGCCCGCCAUGUACGCCAUGGACGAGGCAGCCGGCUGGAUGAUGCUUGAAUGGGUCCACGGUGCGCCCGUCAGAGUGAGGGUGAAUGAGAGUCUGGGCGACAGGAAGGAGGGCAUCGACAAGGAUGAGGGCUUGAAGGAGCUCAUGAGAAGGAUUGGUUUGGCUGUGGGGAAGAUGCACAAGAUUGGCAUCGUCCACGGGGAUCUGACCACCAGCAACAUGAUGCUGAGCCCGUCUGCAGAGAGUGUAAUCGAUGGACAACUAGACGGAACACCGGGCUCAUUGGAAGGCGAAAUCGUCAUAAUUGACCUCGGCCUGGCCAGCUACAGCACCACGGACGAGGAUCGGGCCGUUGAUCUCUACGUGUUGGAGCGGGCGUUUACCAGCACUCACCCCCGGGCUGAAUGCAUCUUCGAUGAGCUACUCCAAGGAUACAAAGAAGCCUACAAGCAGUCUAAUCUUGCUCUCAAGAGGCUCGAGGACGUUAGAAUGAGAGGCAGGAAGCGCAGCAUGCUGGGGUGA